AUUGAUAUAAACACUACUAUAAGAAAAAAGUUGUGAUUCGCGAAGGUGGAUUAAUAAGAGUACGUCCCACCCAGCUAUGUAAUGUGUAUGUCGUGGCAGCUGGAUUUGAUAUGAGGGUGCUUGGCCUAGGAGUGGGUGUGGCAGUGCUGGUUGUGAUUUGGGUGGCUGCGGCGGUGGCUGUGUUAGCUUGUGCGCGCAGCAAGGUCGUGGUGGCAGUAGGAAUAACACUGGUAGCUGCUGUCUUCUCUCUAAUCCUACUAGUGCUUCCACAACACUCCGCACCUCAUGUGCCUGAGCCGCAGGAUUCGGUAACAGAUUACCUCUUCAUUUUCCGAGUGGUCGUUGUGGUGAUCUCAGGACUGUCAGCGCUGGUGGGUUUUGGAGCUGUUUUAGGCCACUGGACAGAACCCGUUCUCGGCAAGCCACUCAAGAAAGUGAGACUCUGAUAACCAUCAGUUCAAAUAAAUAGUACAAAAGUACCUGUGUGUCCUUUGAACUCUUGUGUAUAUAAAAAGAGGAGGCCGAAAUAGCAGCAAACAUGGCAAUGCUACAAAAAUUGUCGAAGUUCAAGCCAGUUAUGCAGACGUUGCUGCAGAGCGAAGCCAGCAACCAUUUAUUUAGGCUUGGCAUUGCUGCAAACAAGAUCAGAUGGUUUCACACUAAUGAACAGCUCUGCGACAUAUACGAGAUUACCGACGAACAAGACUUUAAGAAGAAGGUCAUGAGGAACUCCAUACCAGUUAUUGUAAAUUUCCAUGCUGACUGGUGCGAACCUUGCCACUCACUCAAACCUCUACUGGAGAAAAUAGCUAAUGAAAAUGAGGGGCGACUUCAUCUGGCAGAGGUAUUAGUUGAUGAUCAUGUGGACCUUCUCCAUGCCUUUGAAGUAGAAGCCAUACCAGCUGUUCUUGGGAUCCACAGAGGCAUUGUUACAGAGAAGUUUGUAGGCCUAGUGUCGCACAAAGAGGUCAUGGAAUUUGUUGAAAAGCUGUUGGAAAGAACGGCAAAAUAAAGGAUAUAGGUCAAUAGGUUCACUUGUGAUUGUUGUGAAUUUGACAUUGAAAUGAGUCAAGUAGCUAGUCUUCAUGUAAUUUUAAAAGAAUAGAUAAGAAAAAAAAAAAAAAAUGUAACUGAAAGAGUGCCAUACAAUAGGAGUUCUUGUAUUACAUUUUGAAUUACAGUAAUUUUAAGAUGCAGAGAGCAAAUGACAUCUAGUGUCUGUAUAAUUCCUUUCAUAGAACUUAAUUCUUUGAAGAAUUUUGCACUUUCAUGUACACAUGCAUUAAUAUAUCAUUGUACAUGAAUUAUCAUCAGGUAUAGGAACAUAGAAAUAGAUAUUUAUAUCAUUAUUUCUUUUAAGAAAUACGAGCUACAAAGAGUCUGUUUUAUGUUAUCGUGAUCGUGUUCAAUACUGUUACCUUGAAUGUCAUGCUAAUGUGCACAGCACUGUUAAUGAAAUAAUAUAUAAUAUUAUUAAAGUAUAAUGACUAGCAGUAGGCUACGUAACAACCUGCUGCUGACAGUAUUAUGACCAUUUCCAAUAGAUUUUGGACCAAAAAGUUUUAUAAUGUUGGCAGGUAAACAUUUCUUGUACUAAAACCAGUUCCAAGGAAGGAGGCAAAACAUGCUAAUUCCAUCUGCAAUAAACUUAUGUAUUAAGAAUGCAUUUAUAGUAGUAUUGAUAAAUGCAUUUCCUAACUCACAAAACUGUAAAUAAAGGAUCACUUUCUCAUAA